CCAGACUAACCGACUAAAAUUAUUGGAACAUGAUAAGAUUUCUGCUGCCAUUAAUGGCACUCUGGGCCUUGGCCGAGGCCCAGGCCCGGUGCCAAAUUACCCAGGCACAAGUGGAGGCGACCAGUCGUGUCUUCAUGCAACGCCAAGGAAACGUGGUCACGUUGAAACGAACGGCAAGUUCGCCGGUGGGCGAAACCCUCGAUAUGUGGUGCAGCCGGGCAACUUCGCGCGCCAUGACCUGCCGGCCGGGUAGCCCGCCAAGGUUCAACCCACCCCUCCCCAUGAACUGCACCAUCACCCCAGGAGCAGUUGUGACGCCGGUGCGAGAUGGCAGCUGUCCCCAGCCAGCUACCAUGUACCGCGUGGGCUACAGUUUGGCCAAUCAGCAGUUCGCAGAACUCUAUCGGGUCUGCUACAAUAGGGCUGCUGUACGUCCUAUUUUCGUGGAGCACCGGAUUUAUGCCAAGCCUUUUAACGCACGUCGACCCUGCACUGAAUUCUCCGCCGAUGGCGUGCUCGGUCGAGCUGACGAAGGCAGUUUCUUCACGGGCAGUAUUUACGGCACCUUCCGACGAAUUUUUGGCCCAAACCAGCCGUACAUUGCCAACAAUCGAACCGUUCUUCUCAGUCGUGGUCAUCUGGCCGCAUCCAAUGACUUCCUGUUUCGGGAUCAGAUGUGUGCCACCUUCAAGUUGGUGAAUGUGGCACCUCAGUUUAACACCAUCAACGCACGCAACUGGAACCGCGUUGAGGAUUAUGUCCGAUCUUUGGCGAGAGGAAAUGCAUUUGUUAGCGUACGCACUGGUACGCGUGGAGUCCUGAGCCUUCCCUCGCCAACUGGCCCGAAGGAUGUGACCCUCAGCGGUAAUAGGAACCCGGUGCCUCUAUGGUUUUACAAGAUUGUAAGAAAUGCAAGAAACGCACCAAUUGUGGUGUUUCUCACAUUGAACAAUAGGUUUGCAACACGACCGCCGGCGGUGCCUAACUUUUGUACUCGAGUUGCUUGCCCCAACAAUAUGCAGUUUCCUCAAACGGGCAUUGAUGGUUACACAACUUGCUGCAAUCCUGCCAAUUUCAGGCCUUAGUAUCAUUACUUUCUUAGCAAGGAGAUAUUCCAGAAUUUCAAUUAAACCUUUUUUCCUAAAUCAA